AUGGCAUUCUCCAGAGGUUCUAGCAGAGGCGGUCGCGGUGGUGCUCGCGGUGGUGCCAGAGGUGGCUUUGGCGGUGGUCGUGGUGGCCGUGGCGGCGCCAGAGGCGGCUUUGGCGGCGGCAGAGGUGGUGCCCGCGGUGGUGCCAGAGGUGGUGCCAGAGGCGGCAGAGGCGGCGCCAGAGGCGGCCGUGGUGGUGCCAGAGGUGGUGCCAGAGGUGGUGCCAAGGUGGUCAUCGAACCUGUAAAUUUGCUUGUCACCAAGAACAUUGCUCCCGGUGAAUCCGUGUACGGGGAAAAGAGAAUAACCGUCGAAGAACCCGGUGCCGGCGAUGAGCCCGCCACCAAGAUCGAAUACCGUGUGUGGAACCCUUUCAGAUCGAAGCUUGCCGCCGGUAUCAUGGGUGGUAUUGACGAAUUGGGCAUUGCCCCCGGCAAGAAGGUGUUGUACUUGGGUGCCGCCUCCGGUACCUCGGUGUCGCACGUCGCUGACGUUGUCGGCCCUGAAGGUUUGGUGUACGCUGUGGAAUUCUCCCACCGUCCCGGUAGAGAGUUGAUUGGUAUGGCCAAGAAGAGACCUAACGUCAUCCCCAUUGUUGAUGACGCCAGACACCCGCAAAAGUACCGUAUGCUCGUGGGUAUGGUUGACGCCGUGUUCGCCGAUGUCGCCCAACCCGAUCAAGCGAGAAUCAUCGCUUUGAACUCGCACAUGUUCUUGAAGGACGGUGGUCUUGUCAUCAUCUCCAUCAAGGCCAACUGUAUCGACUCGACCGUCGAUGCCGAAACCGUGUUCGCUCGUGAAGUGCAAAAGUUGAGAGAAGAAAGAAUCAAGCCGCUCGAACAGUUGACUUUGGAACCUUAUGAAAGAGACCAUUGUAUCGUCGUCGGCAGAUACAUGAGAUCGGGCGUCAAGAAGUAA